AUGUGCCGGGCUGUCCAAGCAAAACUGGGCUCGGUGCCCGAGAAGCGGCGCCAAGGGCUGGGAUGGAGUCGGGCUGGGCGCGCUGAGCUGGGCGGAGGCUCAGAGGCAUUCGGAUCCCCAUACGGAAAAGCAGGCACCAGCAGCCCCGGGGGAUGCAGAGGGGAAAGCGCUGAAGCGGGCUGGGAAAAUCGGCUCCUCUGGGCACGCCUGUGGGUGCACGGUCUGGGGUAUCGCUUUGUGCCCGGCGGGUUGGAAGACUCCACCAGCUCUUCGUGCCGUCCCGUCCUCGUCUGGAUCGGAGAGCGGUCGGGGAUCAUCAGUGAACUUUCUCCCCGCACCCAGGUUUAUCGGGGCAUAACUGCCAGACUUAAAUUGCAUGUAUUUAAGGUGUGCGACGUGACGUUUCGAUGCAGAUACACAUUGCGUAAUGAUCACCGCGAUCGAGCUGAUGAACACAUCCGCCACCUCACGCAGUCGCCUCUGUGCGUGAGAGCAGGCACCACGUGCUCGACUCCCACGUCCAUCGAACACGCAAACAUCCGGGUCAAGAGUUACAACGAGAACUCCAGGGAACGGUAUAUCUGCAACUCUGGUUUCAAGCGUAAGGCUGGUACGUCCAGCCUGACUAAGUGCCUGCGUAAUGAGGACACAAACGUGACCGAGUGGACGAUCCCCAGUCUCAAGUGUGUCAGAGACCGCUCCCUGACUCCCCAAAGGCCACCCUCCACGGUCGCACCGGCCAGGGUGACCCCAGAGCCAGACAGCCCCUCCCCUUCUGGAAAAGAGCCCGCUUUCUCUUCCAAGUCGGACGUCGCAGUGGCCACAAAGCAGGCCGUCGUACCAGGCGCGGGGCUGAUGCCAUCGGAGCCUCCUUCUGCAGGAGGCCCAGGGACCGUGAAGAGGGAGCCCUCCCAAGCAACACCCCAGACGACGGCAGAGGUCGUGGGGCGCACUCCCACCUCCUCCCUCGACAAGCCAGGUGCACGUUCGUACAGUUUCACCGACGUCACGGUGGCAGUCCCCAUACUUGUCGUUGUGCUUUUCGGAGCAACCAUUGUGGUCAUCCGUGUGGUGCGUUGCAGACAAUCAAGGCAGACUUCCUGGACGCCCGGUGUUGAAAUGGAAAAUAUAGAAGGUGUGCCAAUGACUGGAGGAACCGAUGGCAGAGACGACGCGGAGAACCGCCACGCCGUCUAGGAAACUCCGGGGGACAACCAGGGCCCACAAAAGCUGGAGCGAAGGCGCCAACUCCGCUCUGGCUGCGGGGGACCUCGGAAAGACGCAAAGAGUCGGCGCCGGGGAAAAGCCUGCGAGGAUGGUAAAAUGUCCUGGCGUCAUUUCAUCCACUGGGUCUAGCCGAGGUCCCGCCUGGAAGAGCAGGGUCUCCGGCCUCAGGAUGGAAGCUGCCUGCCCGCCCCGCCCCGCCCUGCCUCAGGUGUAGGGCUGACCCGAGUCCCCAAAGUCUCAGGCGGUGAAGGCCUCAGGGCUUCCUAUGAGGACUUUAUUUUCUUACGUUUAUUCAGGAUAGCUUACCUGCUGGACUGUCUUUUCCGUCCCUCAUCCUGCCUUGUGGUUUACAGAGAAAACAAGUAUACCGAAAGUUCUAAGCGAAUGACCAGGCCUCCCUGUGUCAGGGGGUGUCUGCGAACAUGACACCAGCAUUUCAGCUCCUAAAACUCCCUCCAGCCGGGUGCUCUGCGCACAUUCAAAGGGAGCAAAGAGAUAUCGUGCUCCAUGAAUGCUCUCGAUUUAAGGAUUCGAAAAGAAAACUGAACUCAGUGACAUUUUCCAUAUAUAUGCAUUGAUAUUUAUACUUCCUUGUCUAUUAUAUCGAGAUGUUAGAUGUUGUGCCUUUUGAAACUGUGCCUUGUAUGAAUAAAAUAAAAUGUCUAUUUUCAAUUUUAAAAACGCACUAAAAGAAU